AUGCGUGGGGCGUGCGCAUGCGCGGUGGUGUGCGCGCUGGUGGCGCUGUGCGCGUGCGCGGGACUGGACGAGCGCACGCGAGGCGCUGCUGAGCGCCAAUUGCUGGCACUGCUGGGCCUUCCGCGCCGACCAGCGCGCCGCGCCGCGCCGCCGUUGGUGCCGCGAGCCAUGCGCCUACUCUAUGAGGCUGACGGCGCCAUUCCUGCUGCUGCCGCCAACACGGCGCGCUCCUAUCACCACACUCCCACCGAGCUGGACUCGAGGUUUCCUGGCGAGCAUAGAUUUCGCCUCUAUUUCAACUUGAGCGGGAUACCCAGUGAUGAACUCGCUCGAGGAGCAGAUCUCACGUUUCAACGAGUCGACGGAGUCGAGGGCGAUCAGCGACUGCUCCUGUACGAUGUAGUUCGACCGGGCCGUCGCGGUAAAACAGCUCCUAUUUUGCGGCUUCUUGACUCCAUACCGCUGAGAACUGCUAAAGGUGCUGUUACUGCAGACGCGCUCGGUGCAGCACGACGAUGGCUCAAAGAGCCUGAACAUAAUCAUGGACUAUUAGUGCGAGUGUUAGAAGAAGGUGAGAAAAAUGUGGACGCUCAACGGCCUCAUGUUAGAGUGCGGAGACGUGCGGAAGAAGAAGACGAAGAAUGGAAUACGCGGCAACCAUUGCUGCUAUUGUACACGGAGGAUGCGCGAGCUCGGGCUGCGCGGGAGAGUGGAGAAACGCGCCUGGUGCGCAACAAGCGUGCGACACAACGAAGGGGUCACCGGGCACAUCAUCGUCGCAAGGAGGCUCGCGAGAUCUGCCAGCGACGACCGCUGUACGUCGACUUCGCGGAGGUCGGGUGGAGCGACUGGAUCGUUGCACCGCAUGGCUACGAGGCGUACUACUGCCAGGGUGACUGUCCGUUCCCACUGGCGGACCAUUUGAACGGCACGAAUCACGCCAUUGUGCAGACUCUUGUGAACUCAGUGAACCCGGCCGCGGUGCCGAAAGCGUGCUGUGUACCGACGCAGCUCUCCUCUAUUUCCAUGUUAUAUAUGGACGAACUAAAUAAUGUGGUGCUCAAAAACUAUCAGGACAUGAUGGUGACGGGAUGCGGCUGCCGAUGA